AUGGGUGAUAGUUUUCCAAAUUUUGCAAAAACCACUCAAUUGCUUUUGCAGUGUUUUUUCAUUGCCAACCUUCUUGAUCUUGCUUAUGCUGAUCCUCCCUACAAAGUUUGCUCAAACAUUUCUAACCAGGCAGCUAAUAGUUCAUUUCAAAACAAUCUUAAAAGCCUCAUGUCCUCUCUUCCUUCAAAUGCUUCUGCUUCAAAACUUUACAAUACCUCUACUGGAAAUGACCUUGAGAGAGUCUAUGCUCAAUAUAUGUGCCUCAACUAUGUAACAAAUAAAAGCUGCAGUACUUGCAUAGGUGUGGCGUCACAAGAUAUCAUGCAGCUUUGUCCAGAAGAUAAGGAAGCAGUUGUAUGGGAAGAGCUAUGCCAAUUGCGCUACUCGAACCAAAGUUUCUUAGGCCACUUGGAUGUCUCAGGAAACAUUCCCCUAGAUAAUAAAAAGAAUGUUGAAAAUCCAGAGCAGUUUAGAGUGGUAGUCAAUGAAACUUUGAGUAACCUUACCGAGCAGGCAGCUUUUAAUGCUUCGGAAGAUAUGUAUGCUACUGGGGAAGUAGUCUUCACCAAUAUUGACACACUCUAUGCCUUGGUGCAAUGCUCAACAGACUUAUCUCCGGAUGACUGUAGCACUUGCCUUCGGGUUGCCAUAGCAAAUAUUUCGAGUUGCUGUUAUGCUUCUCGUGGAGGACGGGUUCUUAGCCGCAGUUGCUAUCUAAGGUAUGAGUUAUACGCCUUCUAUGAAGGUGCAAACGAAUCUGCAGAAAGUCCGGUUGCAGGAAAAAGCAACCGGAGAAAAAUAUGGAUGAUUAUCAUCUUUACAGUUGCAUCAGCACUUCUUGUGGCAGUAAUCCUGGGCUCCUUCAUAUACUGUCUUGCGAUGAAAAAAGGGACGAAAGAAAAUACAAGACAAGAUGGUAAAUGUCAUGGGAUUGGUCACUCCGACCUCAAUGAUUUCCAGAUAAGAGGUUUUCAUAGAGAUGACCUUAUUGAUCGGGAAUCUCCAUUUAUGGAUUUAGCAUCCAUAUAUGCAGCUACUGAUGACUUUUCUGACUCAAAUUUGCUUGGACAAGGUGGUUUUGGCCCUGUUUAUAAGAUUCUGAUAUUUCGCCCCGGUGAUGAAGCUGAUCAAUGA